GCAUUUAAGAACGAAGUCUUGUCCUCCUGCAGCAGUAUCAACUAGAUUAUCAGUGGGUUUCUGUUGCGGUGCUACAGCUCGGCAGAAUGCGAAACAUCAGGCUGCAGAAGAAAGUUAUAAAAUCCCUCAACCAACUGCGUCAAGUAGUCUGCUGCGACCGGGCUGCAACCAUGUAGGCUCGUCCCUUUUCUCAUUUAGAGGCCAUGCGGGACACUUUGGAGAGUUGCUCGUAGGGUUGCGAGGUGAACUCCAUCUCGGUGCAGAAGCAGCACAGAGGUUUAUUUGCUCUUUUGGUCCACCGCCGCUCCAGCCAACCAUGGCACGGCUCCGGAGGAAGGCUUGCGUCGCUCUGUUUCUUUUUACGCUCUUUAUCUUUGGGACCAUGAUGGGGCUGAGGACGCUGAAGCCCAGUGACGGCUUCUCCGAUCUGGCUCCGGGUUUGGAUCUCCUCCCGAUGAUAGCAGGGAAGGUGGACCGGCGCUCCGUGUCCCGUGAUGCCACCACGUCCCCAGGUCAAGCCCACCCGCCCGGCACCAACACCAAAGCAGUUAUUUCCAACUCCGGCCCCGAGGGGAUUAUAUUUUACGAUGUUCAUAUUUUCUACUACACUUGGUACGGCAGCCCACAUAUGGACGGCAAAUACAUUCAUUGGGACCACAUCCUGGUGCCACACUGGGACCCCAAAAUUGCAUCCAGCUACCCCAGAGGGAGACACAUGCCACCAGAGGACAUCGGCUCCAGUUUCUACCCCGAACUCAAUCCGUACAGCUCGAGGGAUCCGGAUGUGUUGGAGUCCCACAUGGAGCAGAUCGGAGCAUCCGCAGCAGGGGUUCUGGUCCUGUCCUGGUACCCUCCUGGUCUGGCUGAUGACAACGGGGAACCAGCUGAGGAUUUAGUACCGGCUUUACUGGAUGCUGCAUAUAGACACAACCUCAAGGUUGCAUUUCACAUCCAAACGUACAGAGGACGGACCGACCAGAGUGUUCACGACAACAUCAAGUACAUCAUUGACAGGUAUGGUGACCACGGAGCCUUCUACAGGUUUACUUCCAGCACAGGGAAGAGUCUUCCUAUGUUCUACAUCUAUGACUCCUACUUAACUCCACCAGAGUCCUGGUCUGAAUUUUUGACUCCUACUGGUUCCCACAGUGUGCGUGGCUCAGCCUACGACUCAAUCUUUAUCGCCCUGAUUGUGGAAGAGCGUCACAAGCACGACAUUCUUGCAGGUGGAUUUGAUGGCAUGUACACAUAUUUUGCCUCCAAUGGUUUCUCCUUCGGUUCUUCUCACCAGAACUGGAAAGCCAUCAAGGCUUUCUGUGAUGGGAACAAUCUACUUUUCAUCCCCAGCGUGGGGCCUGGUUAUAUUGACACCAGCAUCCGGCCUUGGAACAACCACAACACACGCAACCGGGUGAAUGGCCGUUACUACGAGACAGCUCUGCAGGCGGCACUCAAUGUGCGCCCAGAGAUCGUCACCAUCACGUCUUUUAAUGAAUGGCAUGAGGGGACACAGAUAGAGAGGGCGGUCCCUAAGAAAACUGUUACACGUGUAUACUUGGACUACCAGCCACAUGGACCCGAUCACUACUUGGACCUGACCCGCCGCUGGGCCGAGCAGUUCAAUAAAGAGAAGGAGCAGUGGCUCAUGUGAGCUUUCAUCCUUGCGAAGUGGAAAAGCAUGCUCUUGUAAAAGUGUGUUUACGAAUCAAAGAGAGAACAAAUGAAUGUAGAUUCUGCUCGCCUGUAGAUGUGAGUGCUGAAGAACAUGGCCAGACGUGAGUGUUCCUAGAGUGUGUGUUCGGAGAUGUGUACACAUGCUAGUCUUCUCUGAACUGUACUGACAGUCCAGACUUCUAAACUGCUCAAAGGACCCACCUCUGAUCUCAGUUUUCCGGCAUACUUGUAAUGUGUGAAGCUCCUUCCUGCUAUAUUCAUAAAUACAAUGUGUCACCAAGUAAGGGUGUCAUGUCCUUCUCUACAGUCAACUUGUAGUCGAAACACUGUUGUUCUCUUAUUUACAGUGGAUUCCCAAAGAAAAUUGUACUAGUUUUUUGUCUCUUUAUUCAGGUUCAGAGAGCUUAUUAAAAUGGUGAUGAAGUGG